UGUCACUUUGAAGCUAAGAAUCAAACUAGGGUUUCACAUUUUAUUUCUGGAGAAUCUUCAAAUUACAGAAAACAUCUCUCUCACACAAUAUUUUUUUUUCGAUUUGUAACCCUAGAAUUUCACUACGGAGAAAAUUUGGAUAAUAAUAGAGAAGAAGAUGGAAGAGAUUCUAAGCAGCGAUACAGCUUGGAGACAAUUAUCUCAAAUGUUCUUGGCGAUCUUUUUCUUUCACAGUUCUGAAUAUGUGUUAGCUAUAAUUUUCCAUGGAAAAUUCAAUGUCCCUCUAAGCUCUCUUUUGAUCAGCAAGCAGUAUGUGAUGGCAAUGGGAUGUUGUAUACUGGAGUACUUGUUUGAAAUUGCUUUAUUUCCACAAUUGAAAGAGCAUUGGUGGAUUAGCAAUAUUGGCCUUAUUAUGGUGGUAAUUGGGGAGAUAAUUCGGAAAGUCGCAAUUAUAACAGCUGGUCGUGCUUUUACACAUUUGAUCAAGAUCUAUCAUGAGGACCAUCAUGAAUUGGUUACUUAUGGAAUCUAUCGGCUCGUUCGUCAUCCAGGAUAUUGUGGGUUUUUCAUCUGGGCAACUGCUACUCAGAUUAUGCUCUGUAAUCCCUUCUGCACAUUGGCGUUCAUGCUUGUUACCUGGCGAUUUUUCUCGACGCGAAUCCCGUAUCCUACAAUCCUUUUUCAUUUGAACGUACUAAGUAAAGAAGAACCAAUUUUACAUUGGUAAUUGGAUAGACACCAUUGGAUAUGGAUAGUCGAACACUUGAACGUAAUUCUUCCCAUCCUCAUUCAAAACCCAAUGAUUCAAUAGGUUAAAUCAUUUGAAGUUGGUUAUUGAACUUUUAUUGCUGUUUUAAUUUUCCAGCUGUGUUUCUUUUUAACUCGAAGAAUUCAGAUAUGAGGAGUUUUUCUUGAGGCAAUUUUUUGGAUCGCAAUAUGAGGAAUAUUCAAGUCGAGUUCCAUCUGGUGUGCCAUUCAUUAAGUGAAGAGACUUCACAAUAUUUGUGUUUGCAUUCGCCACUAGCUGAUCGAGCCUCAAUACUCAUUUAUGUGGCAGAGUCCUCAUCAGAGCCUUUUCAUAGUUUGCCACUAGCUGAACGAGCCCUAAUACUCAUUUUUGUGGCGGAGUCUAUAUCAGAGCCGUCUUGUAGACUAGGCCAGCUAGGCUGUUGGUUACAGCCUCAAUUUUUUGGGGCCCAGAUUUUUCAAUUAUUUUUACAACUUGUUUUUUUUUUCUUUUUUUUCUCGCUUUGAAGGUAGUGCUCUUACAUAGUGGUUUGCCACUGUUUUUGUAUAGUCAUACCAUCUGGCUGUUAUUGAAAGCCGUUUGUAUUGUAAGCACCAUGGUCUGUGCACUGCUUUACUUUUGUACACUCUUAUGUAAGAACAUUGGACUCCACUGCUUUAGGUCUGAUUUGGAUAUCCUCCUUCCAAUUAAUUUAUAAAAAUGUGAUGAAUGUAACUA